AUGACAGAUCAACAAGCAACCCUCAACCCCUCGGCCAGCAACAACUUCUUCGACGACCUGAAGGGAGCCGUCGGCGAAAAAGCGCUUAAGACUCUCGAACCCCAAGCCCUGGACCCGAGCGAUCAGCCCGCCGAGCUCUCCACGAUCGCCUGCCCCGAGAAAUACACCUGCUCGACGCAGAAGCCGGCGCCCGUGACCUUCAUCGACGGCGCGCCGGCCAACGUCGCCGCCCUCCAAGUGGGCUUCGGCAAGGCGAUCCCACGCUGGAAGACAGGGCCCAACAAGAGAAUCAACUUCGCUGCCUUCCAGAACGGCUACCCGAAGCCCGAGUGGGCGCUGCUGGCGGCCACGGCCCUCAAGGCCGCCGCCGACGACUGGAACAAGGUCGGCCUCGGGGUGACGCUGCAGUGGGUGGCCAAGCUCGAGGACGCCGCCUUCGUGCUCUCCUACGCGGGCAACCAGGGCGGCGUGCUGGCCGAGGCCUUCUUUCCUAACGACAUCGACCUCAACGUGCUCAACGUCUACCAGAGCGCCUUCGCCCCGGGCACCGUGCAGUAUCUGAAGAAUAUCUUCCUGCACGAGCUCGGCCAUGUCCUCGGCUUCCGCCACGAGUUUGCCCCCGAGCGAGAGGAUAACAAGGACGAUUACACCGUGCAGCUCGGCCCGCGCAAUCCGAUGUCUGUUAUGGCGUACGAGUUCCCCCCGCGUCUGCAGACCUCCGAUGAGGAGAGCGCCCGCGCCUUCUACUCUUUCCCGGGAACGGAGCUCGGAUGGGCGGAGGCGCAUAGCCGCGCACCGAAGUCGGAGAGGAUGUUGAAGGUCGUGGACGUUGAGCCGAAAAACUAG